AUGUCACGUAGAAGUUCUACUAUUGACGACCCUCUGCUGGACCACUGGAUUUGUCUCGACGAAGACGAGCCCUCAGCUUCGUUACGUCUAGUUGAUUCUUUCGGAAUAUUUCUGCACGAAAACGAAUUCCAAGAAGUGUUGGAUGCUAAUUCUUCCAACGCCGAAGAAGUCAAUAUGGAUUCGACGCAAGUCAUACGUUCAUUUUGUGCCACAGCAAAUGAGAAGCAAUUUCUCAAUAUGGUGGCCUGUAACAUAGGAGGCAAAUUGGUCCCCCAGGAAUGGGGACAAGGACAGCCUGCAGUCUCUCCUAUACCUUUUGUUGCUGAAACAGCUACCAUGAAUCCUUCACAAAUCAUGAAAUCAGCUUGCACCUCCGCAAACAAGCGGAUUCUCCCCAAUCCUGAGGCCUCUGCCACAACAGACGACGAGAACAGUCAGCAACCGAUCCGAAGGUCGCCUAUUGCGACUCCCAUAACUAAUAACGUCGAUACUAAACUUGGUAAACGAGGCCAAGAACGGAGACCUCUGCCUGCCGUCCAGAAAAAGGCAAAACUCUCGCGAUUAUGGGUGACUGAUGACAUCUUUCGGCUUGAUAAGAAAUCUUUUACUGAUGCUAUUGCGAUUCUACAAGACGAUGGCGAGGAUGAAGAGCGAUUCAUGGAGCCAUCCACUGAUCUGCUUGUCGAAUCUGCAGGCUCGCCAUCUUCCGUUGAAAAGAUUGAGCUUCAGCCGCUACAGUCGAAGGAAGUCCUCGUUCGGUUGGUUGCAACGGGUGUAUGUCAUUCUAAUGUUGCGGUGCAAUCGGGCAAGCUGCCGGGAAGAUUCCCUUCGGUGCUGGGUCAUGAAGGAGCUGGAAUCAUCGAAGAAGUCGGCGACGCCGUCAAGAGGGUCAAAGUCGGAGGCCACGUUCUGCUUUCUUUCAUGUACUGCAAACAAUGUCGAAGUUGUCAGCGAAACCAGGUCUAUGCCUGCCGCAAUUUUUCGCCUCUGAACUGGAGUGGUUCUCGACCUGACGGUACCCCAUUGCUCUCACAAAAUGGAACGGAACGGAUGUGCAUGGCUGCUUCUUUGGCCAGUUGUCCUUCAUGA